CCCCACCCUGCAUCCUUGAGCGUGCAUCAUCACCACCACCACCAUCAUCAUCAUCAUCACACACCACGUUUCUUCCAGCAGGAGAAUAAUAACGGUUCACCUCACGGAGAUGGAACAUCAGCCUCCUCAUCAUCCUCAACACCAUCAUCAUCUGUGGCUAUGACACGGACACACCGGGCGGGAAGGAUGACUCUGAGCAGCCGGGAAAUGUUGUGCUUGAUCGGCACCAGCCUCUGGCUGCCGCUGCUGGCGGAGGUGGUGUCUGAGGACAGCUACUUAAACGAGGUGCAGAACUCAGUGCCUCUGUCCUGCUCUGAGGGAUUCACUGAGUUGGGAUAUUACAAUGGCACAGUGUCCCAGACGGACUCUGGCGCCCCCUGUCUGAAGUGGACCGAGUUUCCAGACUAUGUCAUGCAGUACCCAGGCCGAGGACUGGGAGACCACAACUUCUGCAGGAACCCGGACCGGGAGUCCAACCCCUGGUGUUUCUUCAGACAAAACUCUGGAGCCAUAGGUUGGGCCUACUGUGACUGUCACCAGGGCGCAGCUCGUCUGGUUGGCAGCUCGUCCGCGGGCAGUGGACGCGUGGAGGUCUACCUGAACGGCCAGUGGGGGGCGGUGUGUGACUCACACUGGACGGACAGAGACGCCACUGUGGUCUGCAGGCAGCUGGGCCUGGGUGACAUUGGCACAGCGUUGCAGCAUUCCCAGUUUGGAUCAGGCUCUGGCCUCUUUCACUAUGAGCGCCUGGGUUGCCGCGGGGAUGAGAACACCCUGAGUAAGUGCCGGAGCAGGACGUUCGUCACCGGCGACUGUAGCCAUGGAAACGAGGCAGCGGUGCAGUGUGCGCCACCAGAAGGCAGUGGCCCUCCGCUGCGUUUGGUCGCAGGUGAGGAAGACUUUGAAGGCCGAGUGGAGGUGUUUCAUGCUGGAAGGUGGGGUUCUGUCUGCGACGACCAGUGGGACGAUAGGGAUGCUGAAGUCGUGUGCAGACAGCUCGGUUUUGGUGGUGUGGCCAAGGCUUGGUCAUGGGCUCACUUCGGUCAGGGUUCCGGCCCGAUCCUGCUGGAUGCCGUGAAGUGCACAGGAAAUGAGCUUUUCCUGGAUCAGUGUCCACAUGGUGACUGGGAACAGCACAACUGUGACCACAUGGAGGAUGCUGGGGUCUCCUGCAGCCCUUAUACAGACGGCGUGGUGCGUCUGGUGGGAGGCGACAGUCCCUGGGAGGGUCGAGUGGAAGUGUUCCACAACGGCGACUGGGGGACGGUGUGUGACGACCACUGGACUCAGCAGCAUGCGGAGGUGCUGUGCAGACAGCUGGGCUACAGGGGUCACGCUGAGGUCGUGUCAGAUGGUGCGUUCGGGGAGGGCGCCGGCCUGAUCCUCCUGGACGAUGUGCAGUGCGAGGGGUCAGAGACGUCGCUGCUGGACUGUCAGCACGGGAUCUGGGGACGGACCGACUGCUCUCACAGCGAGGACGUCGGUGUUCGCUGCAGGAGUCGAUCCGGCCACGAGACCAACGAGGUGCCGGUGAUUGCACCGUCUACAGGUCCCCUGGUGCGUCUUGUGGGAGGCAGGAGCAGAAAGGAGGGUCGAGUGGAGGUGUAUCUCCAUGGCGACUGGGGGAGUAUCUGCGACUCAGGCUGGAACGACCUGAACGCCGCUGUAGUGUGCAGACAACUCGGACACAGCGGUGGAGCCGUAGCUGCCGGAGGGUUCGGUCAGGGCAAAGGUCCCAUCCACCUGGACCAGGUGAGGUGCACGGGCAAGGAGGAGUUCCUGGGAGAGUGUCCCACUCUGGGUCAGAGCUUCCAGAGCUGCAGGCGCAGAGAAGACGCAGGCGUGAGGUGUGACGUCACGCCGCAGGAGUCGCUCCCGACAAAGGCCGAGGCUCAAGAGCCGAGCUGUGGACUGAGGAAGCUAGUGGAGGAGGAGACAAAGAGGAGGAACCAAGGAGAGGGAAACAUGCUCAUGACCACGUGGCCGUGGCAGGUGUCCGUGUGGCUUCAGUCUGAGGGAAAAGACGGCGGUCCUCUGUGCAGCGGCACUCUGAUCAGCCCUUGCUGGGCCCUGACCUCUGCACACUGCGUCAGAGGGUACGGCAGCGAUCCAUCCAAGUACGCGGUGCGUGUCGGAGCGUCGGAGCAGACGGUCACUCCGGAGCAGGUGGUGGUCCAUAGGAAGUACAAGGGUCAGAGCGGAGGUCAUGACCUGGCCUUGCUGAAGCUGCCCAGCACCAAGGGUCACUGUCUGACCUUCGACCCUAACACGAACGCAGCAUGCCUUCCAGCCGCAGACACAGAAUCGGGAGGGAGUGCUCCAUCUUCAUGUGUCGUCAUCGUUAGUGCAGGAUGGACCGGCGCAGACUCAGUUCUCGCAUCCUGGGUCCCUCUGAUGUCGUCAUGGCAAUGUAAGAAGCGCUAUGGUGACAGCUUCUCCAGCCACGGCACACUGUGCGCAGGCAGUCCUCCAGACACUAGCCUCCUCCAUGGCAACAGUUGCCAGGGUAACUCCGGAGGCGGGCUGGUGUGUCAGGGUGAGACGGGUCGAUGGUUCCUCGCCGGGGUUGUUGCUGGGGGUUUCAGCUGCGCUGACCCUUCGUCUCCUGCUCUGUACACUCGGGUCAGUCGCUUCCGGAGCUGGAUCGACGAGGUCGUCGACGUGCGGGCGCCCCCCCAUCAGACACAAGAGGAUCUGACACACAACGACCUGACGCGCGUGCGCGAGGAGCACGCACACACAGAAGGCAGAGAUGAAUACGCCCACGUGCACGGCAAGCUCAAACGCGCACACGAGCAACCGCAGAACAACGAAAUCGGCGAGAUCAAAGUGAAACACACACACACUCACCACUCACACGCUCGUCAGCACAUGAACACACACGCCCACCGUGUAGGGGAAUCAGACACAAACACACAAAUCCUGGACUGAUGGGGUUCAGCUAUUGGCUUACCAUCUGUGCCAAGUGACCGCCUGAGGAGGAGGAGGAGGAGGAGAGAGAGUGGGAGAGAGAAAGAGAAAGGAAGACAACACCUAACUUUGACUGCAAUGAUGCUCUGUAAAAAAAUGGCCGUGACCGUGCUCAUGUCAGAUCUGAACCCAGUGUUGUGAACCACAGGUGUGGGCAAACUUGUCUUAAGAAAAGAGAGACAGUGUCCUGUUAAGAGUCAAACCAGUGACUGAUGCAUCAGCACUGAGCUUAGGCUGAGCCUGGCACAUCAGUGUGACCCUGAAAAUCAAAAACAAAAACAAAAAAUCAAUAUGGCAUAUUAGCAACAUGAUGGUGACGUGAGACUAACCCAUUACUGUGUCCUCCGUGUGCGCUCUUGGAGGAUUUAUGUUCAGUAACCACAAUUUUAUUGUUAAGGCAUCAGUGUCUCUGAGAUUAUUACUGCAGAUAAAGGCCAUACUGCUGCUGCUGCUGCUGCUGCUGCUGCUGCCGCUGCUGCUGCCGCUGCUGCUGCUGCUGCAGCUGAGAAUAGAAAUGGAUGAAAAUUCUGAGGGUGGGUGAUGCUGCUUUUCUUAAACUGGGCUCCUCUCUUCAGGCUGUUGUCUUAUACCUUUACUGGUGCAAGUGCUGUUGCUCAUUUAGACCCACGACUAAGCUACUGUAUUUAACUGGAGACCAUACCAGUGUUUCAGCAGGUUUUUGUUUUUGCUCCGUACAUCACAAUCACACCCUAAAAAAACAGCUUUCGACAUCUCAAAACCGGAGACAGAGACAUAUUUAACAUAAAAAAAAGUGGUUCUUAGUUCUUAAAUGCUGUGUAAAAUAACAUUAUUUACAUUGCUGUAGUAAUAUUGGCACUAUUAGUAGUAUUAGUAGUACUUUCCAGGCCAAAAACAUGUGAACAGAAUGUUUUGUGUAACAGGAACGGCAUCUCUGUUGCCAUUUGCACUCAUAACAGUUGUCUUGUCAUCUUAUCAACUGACUAUAAAAGUGAGGCAGCGUGUUUACAGUCACAACCCACUUUCAAUCUAAUAACAUCCCAAUAAAAGGGACAUUUAUUUCAACAGUUGUACUGUUUGAAACUGUUCUCUCGCUCUCUCUCUUUUUUUCUUUAAGUUUGUUGGAAAUGCCAUUAAUCUUUACCUCUGCACAUGCAGCUGGUGGUUUCCAUUGAUUUCCAUGCAUUAUAAAAAUCAAUGAACACACUGUUUAAACUUGUGGAAUCCACAAGAAAUGUAAAAUGCCAUAGUUUCAAUACAAUAAUAGAUUUUUUUUUUAAAUUAAUUAAUAAAUAAAUGCAGCUUUUGAGAGCUUUCUAAUUGAUUUCCAGUGCAAAGGGGAAACAAAGGAAACAGUGGUUUCCUGUAAAACAUGAGGUUUCGUCGGCGUAAAACCUGUAAAAAACGUGCAAAAACACUCGUAUGGUCCUUUAAAAUUGUACAGGACGAUUCUUUCUCUUCUCAAAGCCAUCAGACGCCGACCGCCGCGUCGUAGACUUUCCUUUUGUAGUGACUCCCGCGUGUUGCUCUAGAUCCAUAGAUAGACACAUAGACAGGUAGAAGUAGCUUCCACUCCUGACUUUAGAUUAGUACGUGUACUGCAUUCAUCCUUACUCCUGACUUAGAUAGAAGAACUGUUGAAGUGUGUGCUCUGACCAGAAGAUGGCAACAUUGGUCUAUUUUCACGGGGCCACAGGUUGUUGGAUAAAAUGUGGCCCUGAUGGUUCUUUUCUUUGCUCUUUUUUUUUAUACUUUCAGUGUAAUAUGACUUGUGCUUUGAUGUGUCGUGAACCACUGUGUUGUGAGCCUCGUGUAACCUGCUACCGCUGUUUUCUCCAACAUGGACGUGUCCAAUGCCCGUUGUUAUGAUCGUGUACAUAAAACCUCCAGCCCGUCGCCGCUCCUUCCUUCCUACCUGUCCUUGCUUCCUUCCUUGGACUUGAUGUUUUACCAUGCAGAUGCUGCAGGUUAAUGUAAAUACUGUGUGUCCACAGCUGGAUGGCUUUGAGUUUGUCGAACCCAUCAGCUGUUUCUCAGUGUAAUGUGCUGAAUCAUGGUUGAGUAUUAAAACAUGUCGUCACUGGUG